AUGAUCAUAACUGUAGCAUCAUCAGAUGGGAAGGAUAAUUAUAGCAUAGACACACCUGCUGAGGAAGACCGAAGACAAUUAAUAAAUCUGAUUUCGUCUACUAACACAAUGGACUUACCAGAUUUAGAAAAUAAUGAAUUAAACAAUUAUAAAGGAAUUAAUAGUGAUGAAGACAUUCUUUUGCAUUCGGUGGAAGAGAACUCAGAUCCACAAUAUCCUAUGUAUUCAAGCUUUUUAUCAAGGUUGAAAACAUAUGAUUCACGUUCACCACAAUCAUACCAAGAUAAAUAUUCAUUGGCUCAAUGUGGAUUCACUUACACUGGUACGGAUGAUUUGGUUCAAUGUUACUACUGCGGGUUAUUGUUGGGAAAAUGGGAAAAAAAUGAUGAACCAUGGAGUCAACACGCCUUGCAUAACCCUAAAUGC